UUUUUAUUACUGCGAACCAUCACCCCAACCCAGUUGCCUCUUCCGAUCUUCCCCUGAGACGGGUCAACCACAGCCACGCCAACCAUGGACACCGGCGGCGCGCGGCCAUCAACACCGUCGGCUGCCGCUGGGGCGUCCGUCGCGGACGAGCCCCGGGAUGCGCGGGUGGUGCGGGAGCUCCUGCGGUCGAUGGGGCUCGGCGAGGGCGAGUACGAGCCGCGCGUAGUGCACCAGUUCCUGGACCUGGCCUACCGCUACGUCGCCGACGUGCUCGGGGACGCCCAGGUCUACGCCGACCACGCAGGCAAGGCCCAGAUCGACGCCGACGACGUCCGCAUCGCCAUCCAGGCCAAGGUCAAUUUCUCCUUCUCCCAGCCGCCGCCCCGCGAGGUUCUUCUUGAGUUGGCACGCAGCCGAAACAGAAUCCCUCUUCCCAAGUCGAUUGCUCCUCCUGGCUCAAUUCCCCUGCCGCCUGAGCAGGACACACUGUUGGCCUCAAACUAUCAACUCCUACUGCCGUUGAAGCCGCCACCUCAAGUUGAGGAAACAGAAGACAACAAUGAAGAAGCCAACCCUAGCCUGACCCCAAACUCCGCAAAUCCUAAUCCAAACUACUCACAGGAUCAAAGGGAUAACGAGCAGCAGCACACUCCUCAGCAUGGUCAGAGGGUUUCUUUCCAACUCAACGCUGUGUCUGCUGCAGCAGCAAAACGUCCUCGGAUGACCAUGGAGCAACUGAACAUGGGCUAACCAUUCGUCCUUGGUUGGAUAGUAUUGUUUAUUUCCUCAUCCUACAAGUCUAAUGAACCAGGUUUUGAACAAGAAUAACUUACUGUUGUAGUGGUUUGUUCUUAUUGACUGGCGCCCUCAUAUUUAACCACGAGAUGUGCAGUACAGGAGUAGCAUAAGUUUCUGCCUGCAAGAACGUUGAUUUGGGAAAGAAACUGUACUAGUAGUAUAUGUUUUACUUGUUCAGUAGGUUAAUUUCUGCUACAACCGUAUCUGAGUCUAUAUCUCGCCAUCAGUAACCUCCCCCUCCUUAACUAUCAAUGUUUGCACUUUGAACCACGCCCUUUUUGUUCUCGAACAAUACUAAAUAGACUGUUCUCAA